GCGUAAAGCACCCAGAGAGACUUCCUACUGUCGCAAACCACAUCGCAGGCUGGCAACAAGGCGGAUGCCAUUUAUUCUGUCUUUGGUUCCCGUUCCAACACCGGGGCCCUCUGUGGAAGCAACGAUUGCUCCGUCAGUUGUACUUGACGCGUCAUGCCUGCCUUCUCUGCCAUCAACCUCGAGCCCGAGGAGAAUAUCGAGGAGGAAUUCGACACGACCAAGGAGCUCCAAGUCGAUGAAGCCCUCAAGCUCUUCCAGAAUGCUCUUAAGCUCCAUGCCCAAGGUCCACAGUUCUUCGACGAGGCAUCCGAGGCCUACGACUCCCUCUUCCUUUCCGACAUAUUUAAGCUCCCCGAGAGCACGACCGAGUAUGAACGUACCGAAAGAUUGCAGAACCCCUUCGUGCCGCUGGAGUCGAACUUUGGCUCGGGCCUCGAGGUGACUGCCGUGGACCCUGAUGGCAGUGCUGCCAGUCUCCCCCAGGCUCUUUUCCUCUCCUACAAGAACCAUGGUCAAUUCGCCUUGGAUAAGAUAAAAUACAGGGCGAAAUCCGCGGGACCGUCUGCAGACACCGUCUUCGAGGAGCCCGAGGUCAUAGCCAGUGCUCGGAAAGCGCUGGAUGAUUUCACAGCUGCCCUGGACAGGGACCCGUCUGACGCCGAGCUCUGGAGAAGAACCGCAAGGACGGCGGCGUUCCUUGACAGUACACGAUUGAGCCGAUAUUGCCUCGAGGCUGCAAUAGAAAUGGAUGAUGACCCAGCCCUCGUCGAACCCGAACCUCCAUCCUUGGCUGAGGCGUUCGCCGGCGAACAACUCAAGGAUCACCUCGAAAUUCUUUCCGAUGACAUAGCCCUAUCCCAUCCCAUCAUGAAACCGUUCGUGGAAAAGGACAUGCCCGCAUUGUUGAAGCCGCAUCUGGACCCGUUUCCUUUCCUUCCGAACCCGACCAAAGAGCUGGCUGCCCGUAAAUCACUAGCCGCGGAAAUCAGCUCGCCAAGACUACCUGUCGACAUUCCAAGCUUGUCCUGGGCACAGAUCGGUAUGCGCUUGGUGUAUCUGGCUACAGAGGCUGGCUUUACUGGGCGAGCAGUUCUGAUUGAGCUGCCAGAUGGGAGGGACGAAGACGAGGAAGGACUGCAGAUGGAAGUUGACCAACAGUCUCCCGCCGCUGCAGCUCAGGAAACCUCUCUGGAAAAUGCGGCACUUGAUUCGCCUACUGAUACGAAGCCCUCCUCCAAAGAUGGACAGACUGAGAAUGGGACAAGUCGGCAGCGAAGCGUUUCGUUACCAUCCCGGAAACGAUCGAUGUCUGUGGCCGGUCUACCGGAGCCCACAGAAGAAGACAACGCUGAUUCAAAACGACCAAAAAGAGUAAGGAGACGUGAAACCACGCUCACCGAAGACGUUGUCAAUGACACAAAUUUGCGGGCGACUCAGUUGCAACCAUACCAAGGCGCAGAUCAGAACCUCUUCCAAUUGACCAAAAAUAUUCUGGAAAAUCUUGGCGUGACCGAUAAGGCUACCGUUGACCGGAUUGGUGACAUUAUCGACUCCGCCGCUCUCGAGGAAAGGACGUCGAAGAUCACGCACGCUGCGAGCAUGGAUUUGCGCGACUCCCUCGUCUCAUACGACGAAGAGAUUGCACAAGUCUUCCUCACAAAGUUGAAGACGCCCACUCUAGGCAUGAACACCUUCCUCGAGCACACAAAGCCUGGUGCGCAACGAGUAGUGGAGACAGCCGGUUUUGAUGAACGCAGCGGCCUGAAAGCCUUCGUGAAGAGGAUAAACUCGGGUUGGAUGACUGCUCAGGACGUCGCUUUUGACUGGAUUCUGUUGAUAUCCAAAAGUUACACAACCAAGAAAUGGUCUGAGCAGCUCAAAACCGCAGUCGUUCAAGUCAUCAGUCAUUUUGACGAGGCUAUCCAUGAUCGCGUCGUCUACGAGAUUGGCCAGCUUCAAGGCCGCGAGGAUGAGGAAAACAAGGAGUCCGAAUUUGUUGAACUUGACAACCUUGUCCAGAUGCUAUUCGAGUUGUAUCUUGACGUCUACGAGCGUAUCACGAACCCGAAUAGCCGCGUCGACGUUGCAAUACGACUUGGCACGAAGGGGCGACUUGGACGGUGGUUGGAUCUAGCAUCUGAUCUGAGGCGCACGAGGCCAGCGGACGCCAGUGUCGACUUGUCUUUGCGAUUCCUUUGGGCAUGCGUCUUUUCAACCACCCUAGCCGAGGGAAUCUCGCGAGACCACGUACUGGCAUGCUGGCAUAGUCUGCGGGACUAUUUGACGACGACUGGCGAUGGCAGGAUUGACUUGCCGAACAAUGCCAUUAUGCCGGAGAUCUCGUCUGUUGAGGCAGACAGGGAGAUCAGUAAACUGACAACCAUGGACUUUUUUCUUGGCCUUUUUCAGGAAGAAAUGGCCGACCCUGUGGCGGUCAUCGAUACUCUUGAGCCAGUGCUCAAUCCCGAUGCAGUUUUCGUAAAACCGCCUCAAGGGCCCUCUACGAACGGCGACAAAGCUGGGAGCGCAGCCGUGGCCAAGGUCUCAAUCAAGGACUGUGCUAGCCAAGGUCUGAAAGACUUGUGGAAAUUCCUUCUGACCAGUAGCACUGAUCUCAGGCUUCUUUUGUGGUCUCGUCUGAGUGAUGCCUACGGCACCAUCAAAUACACAACGAAACAGUUCUCCUGUCUCUUGAAAAGCAUCGAGAUGGUCAUCGAUGACAUAGACAGCGAGACGUACUCAACUGCGGCCCCAGAAUCUCGAAAGAUGGCUCUGCUGAAGCUCCUGAGAUCCAUCCAUGAUAUGAUGGUGUCCGCCCUUUCUUUGGCAUUGAAUGACAACACUUCAUUCGACAUCAUUGAUGAGGAUCACAUUCGGUCUACUUCGUCAGCUCUCGCGAGGCUGAGCUGCCUCAUCCACGUUGCUGUGAUGCAAGGGGAUGAGUUCACUCUAGGAAUCACGCCACCGCCGUCCAAGUCUGCAACCUUCAAGGAGUUAUCGGAGCGCUUGCGAGACUUGGAGGUGAGGACUUGGACACUGCAAUACUGCCUGAUCAAAGUCGGCAUCCACCAGGACACUGGUGUGUUCAAGACACCAGACAACGACCUUGCUGACUUUUUGAACGCGGUACACCAAGUUCUUGGACUCAGGAAAGCUUGCAGUGCGUCAAACAAGAUUUUCUUGAAGAUGAUGCGAAUAGAGCUUUUGAAGCAGACGAAUAUCGAGAACUGGGAAGAUUAUCUGGGCCAGGUUCUUUACGAUUUGCAUGGUCUCAGGCUGGGCGUUGGUAUAUGGGAGGUACACGACCAUGGCUGCGUACCAGAGAAACUGGAAAAGCGGCAGGCGAUGCAGCUAGUCGAGAAGAUCACGACACUCGCCAAUCGCAUAUCUAUGAAGGAUUUGCUCAAGUCGGAUCUCAAGAAUACCAUUGAGCACAUGCAAGGGGCUAUCGGGCAGGCCAGGUCCAGCACACCCAUGAUCCACAAUCUUCGCAACUUCCAGGAGUACCUCAAGAAGCCGAUACACCCGUUGCGCCUUUAUCAAGCUCUUGAUGGCACUGUGCCGCUGGAUGCAACUACGGUCAACACGGCGGAAGCAUCUCUCGCCAGGAAUGGCUGGUUCUUUUUGUUGGGCAUGAUCGCCCUCACCAAGUUCAAGGGCGUGGAUUUGAAUCGCCGCCAGACCCCGGGAGCAACAGACGACCUCCGCAUCGGUGCGACAUUCCUGCGCCUACAGCUACAAUUCACGCCUGACAUGUGGGAGGCAUGGUUUCGACUGGCGGAGUGUUUUGACUACGAGCUGGACGAAGCAGUGCUGUGGUCGGCUGACAAAAUGAACAAAGAUCGGAGCGAGCUUCUCAAGUUCCAGCGCCAUGCCAUUCACUGCUACACCCUAGCACUGUCACAUUCCCACGCGUGGACCCCCGAGACCAAAGAGGACGAGGACAAGUUGUCACAAUUCUACCACAAUUUUGCCAUGCGCAUGUAUGCAUCAAGCCGCGAGCCAUUCGCGAUGGAGCCUCUCCAACAUAGCGACUACGCCAGGUUCUACCCAGAGGCAAAUGGAAGUGGCACGUUCAAAAAGCUUUUGCACAGAGAGAUGAGCGAAUACGAGGUGUGGAAGUACGCAGCUACUUUGUUCAGGAGAGCAUUGAAAGGCAAGCCAAACGAUUGGAAGAAUGCUUACAUGCUGUCCAAGUGUCUCUGGAAGAUGCACCAGAAGCCAGCGGACGUUCUUGAGCUGAAGGAUCGAAAGACGCUGCCUACGGUGAAGACACUCAUCGAGGCUCUGGAGAAGACAAUCGAGGUCGUGGUCCUGCUGCCCAAGCCGAGGCAUGGCCAAGACCCCAUCUUGGAGCCGCACUACAAGAUUGUCUCCAUUUUGCACAAGCUGGUCUCGCGCAAGAGCUUGACGGUCCCGGAGGCGGUUAGCAUCCUUCAGCGCCAGCCCUACGCUGUCCAACAAAGUCAACAAGAGAGCAUCCAGUCUGUAGAUGAUUGGAAUGCUCUUGUGAUUGAGAACUUGCGCCAUUUGCGCGACAAAGACAAAUCUCACUGGCAGCACCGUAUCAUCAUGCGGAACGCACGCAUGAUCUAUGACCCACGAGAAGAGGAGCCCUUGAACCAGCUUGCGGAAGCGCAAGCGGCCUUCGCUGUCUUACGCGAGCACAUGAUCACAAAGACGAUGGCAAUCAACGUCUGGAAGUGCGACGCUGAGCGCGCCGGUCGUCAUCAUGUGUACACGGAGCAAUAUGUACGGUACACAGUGAAGCUCUUGACUGACACAAAAGAUCAUGUGAAUAUGGAGCUUCUUCUGCGCAAGAUUCGCAAGAAAGGUGCAGACUUCUACCACUUUAGUGACCUCUGGGCUUCAUGUUUACAAGCAUACACGAGACUCCUGCGCCGCACCUAUGAGAUCCCAGCACUUGAAGAGGAUAUUUUCAAGAACAUGAGCUUCGAAGAGUUCGAUAUACUGGGAGAACGCAUCAACGACUGGGCAGGGGCGAAGGAGAGGGCCCACACGGCUUUAAGCGCCAUGAAGGAGGCGAUCGAGGUGAAGAAAUUGAACGGUGGUUUGACCAAAGCAGGUAUGAUUGACGACUUGAUACACGACUGCUAUUCCGAUCUCUACCGAAGUAUCGCCAAGGAGCUUCCCGGUCCGGAGCCUUCACAGAUUAUCGAGGAGCGCAACAGGCUUAAGACCUCCGAAAUGCAGACCAACGGCAAUCAGGACAAAGAGCAAUUCAACGGUCUGCUACACCCCGGCGGGAUGGACAAGAGUGCUGACCCAGGAAACUCAACGGCCGGCCGUGCACCUAGUGAGGCGCCAUCUGCUGGUGUCAACGGGGGGGAGAAGAUGGAACGGUCCACCUCCAACACGGGAGACCCGGGCGUCACACGACGCAGGCUACUAGGAGUACGACGUGCCGAUGUGCUGCGCAAGGCCGAACAGGCAGCUUCGAGAGCUACUGAGCAGCCGCCGCCCAAGUCUGCCGUUAGCGAGAGAUCCAACGGCAGGAGGUCCAGGCGUGGCAGUCCAGGCAGUCAGCAGAACGGCGUAGACGACAACGUGGGCGAAGAGAGCGAAGGUGAGGACGGUGACGGAGAUGUUGAGAUGAAGCAGGAGAACGAGAACGAGGAUGAGCAGGCUGACGGAAAACAAGAAGGCGGUAACGAAGCAGGUGAAGAGGCAGCGGCGGAAGGCGAAGAGAGUGAAGCGUCGAGUCCGAGGCCCGACCACGAUGAUGCAGAUGACGAGAGCGACCUUAGUGAUGUCCCUGACGACUACGACCGAGAUAUACCGCCGACAUUGAUGUUCCCAAAUCUACGCCGCAGUGUGGAUCUCUCGGUUGUAGCCAGCUCAGGUUCGAGCACCAGUGCAUCUGAUGGUGAGGAGGAAGCCGAGGGCUCCGGCGAGGGCUCCGGCGAGGGCUCCGGCGAAGAGGAAGGCGAAGAAGAAGGUGAGGAGGGCGAGGAGGGCGAGGGCGUGGAGGAGGACGACGAAGAAGAAGAAGGAGAAGAAGGCGAGGACGAAGGCGAGCAGGAGGGUGAGGAGCAGGAGGGUGAGAAUGGAAGUGAAGAUGAAGGCGAGGCAGAAGACGCGCAAGACGAGGAUGAGGAGAUGGCCGAGGCCGCGGAGGAAGGAGAGGAGCUGGAAGUGCCGGACAGCCAGGGCACUGCGGAAGAGACCGAUUGA